AUGUGUGAUCCGCUGUCAGCUGUUGGAAGUGUACUGGCUCUCGCUGGGUUUGCUGGGGAAUCGUGCGAUCAUCUAUGCAAAUACUUCAGGUCAUAUUCCGAAGCUUCAGAGGAUAUUAGGCAUCACAUUUCCAGUCUGCAGGCCUUGCAGACGACCUUUACUAGUAUUGCAGCGAUCGAGAAGGAUCUUCCUAAGGGAUUCAUAAUACCGCCUAGAUUUGGUGCACGUUUACAAGAAUGUGCAUCAGAUCUAGCGGCAACUGAUAAAUUCAUAGCCUUCUCUCAAACCCGCUUACAGAAUCGGAAAAUACAAAGGACCUGGGCGAAACUGAGAUGGGCUUCUCCGGACCAGAAACAUAAGUUGCAGACCAUGCUCGGUCGGAUAGAAGCACAUCAUCGAAACUUCUCUUUGGAUCUCCUGGUCCUCAACAUCCAGCUCGGUCUUCAUCCUAAAGAUGAAACCAAGAUGGCGUGUUCAGACGGGCAGAUUGAAAUGGUGAAACUUCUGAUUAAUGAAGGACUCAACAUCAACGAAUUUAAUGAUGCCGGGCAGAACCCUUCACACUUCGCGCUACGAUUUGGUUCCAAAGAUGAAAUCUGCCGACUACUUAUGGACCGAGGAGCAGAGCUGGACCAUCGCAGCAUCGCCGGUGAACAGCCCUUUCACACUUUCCACAGCUCGGCCUUGGAGCAAACCAUCAAUCGCCAUAGAUACCUGACAGACUUCUGGAACCCCGAUUGGCGAGGUAUGACCAUACUCCACUGGAUGGCCUGGUCCAGCAAAAGCUCAGGUGCGUUCCUCGAAAGCUUCGGUUCUCAGGCCAAGGCGCAAGUCUCUGUAGCCGAUCACGACGGCAGGACGAUGCUUCAUCUGGCCGCUCAAAGGGGCAACAUAGAUGUGAUAAACUACAUCUUCCGUGCGAAGCCCGAUUUCUACGUGGACUUUCCAGACUCUACGGGCCGCACGCCUCUAUUCUACGCAACACACAGCAAGCGCAGUCCGCAAACGAUUCGAAGCCUGGUAGCGCGCGGAGCCAACCUCUGGGCAGAAGAUUGUCAUGGGAACACUCUGUUUCACGCCGCAGCGGCACAGAAUAAUUUUGAAGCUGUCGAUACUCUUGUGGAGUUAGGCGUUGGACGACUGUUGUGGAAGAGGUCUGGGGCUCGGGAGUUAACGGCCGCAGAGUACGCUUCAUGGCAAACCAGACAUGCAUUAGCUGGCUACCUCGAACGGCUAUUGCUCGAACAAGACGAAAUGAUACCUGAAACCCCGAUCCAGCAGGGAUGUUCGUCCGAGGCCCUGUGUGAUUCAUGUCAAGACGUGGAAAGGCGUACGAUCACCACUGAACAAUUGGACUUGAAGGUUUCAGCUUUAGGAAAGCUGGCCUACCUCUUAGAAUCUGUCAACCAUCUUUGCAAAUUCAUCUUGAAGUCUUGUCCUUCGCAGAAUUUGCUAUGUGCUUCUGUGCUGGCAUUGAUUGCUUGGAUGAUAUGUCUCUCCACGCGUUGA